GAAAGCCGUGACCGAGGCCGGAGGGGACAAGGGCCUCCAUAAACGUCGGAAGGGUAUUGAUAUCACCAAGGGGGAGACAGUGCUCACAGUCGAUGAGGCAGGGGAUAAUGUAUACAGGCCAAAGUCUCGGGCAUCAGAGAGGCCUUAUGAUGAGAUGCUAUCAGUCCUGUCUACAGUACUUGUUGGUGAGACUAGUACUGUCUUGAGGGAGGCGGCCCAUGAGAUACUCAUGGCUUUGAAGUCUGAUCAGAAGGACUCAUCUAAACAGAAGAACGUUGAAGAGGUGCUUCCCCCGCGAUCCUUGACCCCGGAGCUCUAUACUCAGCUCUUAAGGCUCUCCCAACAAAUCCAUGAUUUCGCAGUGGAUGACGAUGAAGAGGGGGUAGCUGAGGCGGGGGGGGAGGAUGUUGAUGCAGCUCUCCUGGCUGGUGCUGCGGCGGAUGAUCCGGCAGGUGUUGCUGUCACGUUUGACGAGGAUGAUGAGAAUGAUGAGAUGGGAGGUGAUGAUGAUAUGUUGUACGCUGACGAGGUGUCUGAUGAAUCUAGCAGCGACUCGGAGGACUCGGAUGCGGAUGAUAGGAUGGAGGCUGGAGGGCGGAGGAGAAGAAGAAAGCGGGGCGGUGAUGACGAUGAGGAUACCGGCAUUCGCGCUGGUGGGGAAGGUGAUGAUGCUGACGACGGCCCGGCCUCGAAACGGAGGAACACCUCGAGCACCGACCUGCCAGUUCAGAAGAUCCAUUCUCAUUGGCUCCAGAGGGAACUAGGCAAGCGCGUUAAGGAUAGCUCUGAGGUCAUCACUGUAGAGAAGUCUAUUCUCGAUGUCUUGAGGCUGCCCGACUCGCAGAGUGUUGAGAACAAACUCGUACAAAUCUUCAAAUACAAGCACUUCGAUUUCUGCAAGAUCCUUGUGAAUAACAGAAUCAAGAUUUGGUAUUGCACCAAGAUCAACCAAGCACAGACUCCUGAGGAGCGCAAGUCGCUGGAGAAGAGAAUGGAGGAGGACCCAGCUGCGGCUGAGGUCCUUGAGGAUGGAAGAUCGCUCAUCAUCAUGAGGACUAUAAGAAGCUGGUGA